CUAGCCCUCAAUUUUUCACCCAAGCUUGCUACGCCCGCCCACGCGGCGACAGCUCGUUUCGAAGACCGCCAGCAAGACCCCAGCAAGCCUUCGUCCAGCGCUGCUGCGCUGGCAGGCCCUGAGGACUCGAUGCCUUUACUAUCUCACUGAUCAGGCAUCCUCAGGCUCCGCGCACGCGCGGCGAGGCGAUACAUAGAGCUCGAUGCCCCCGCACCAGGCCUGCAGCAGGUCCGGCCCGGCGACACCGAUCCAAAUUUCAAGCGGAGCCACGAUCGACGAGCGCUACCUCGAAUACGCCGCGCACGGCGGUUUUAACAACCAGCGCCGCAAUUUGUUCCAUGGGCUGCUGAUGGCGCACGCUUUGAAUCGAGUUUUGUUGCUACCGCCCGCGCUCUCGCACCGCGCGGCGCCGCACUACGGCCAGUGCCCGUCCCACGUCGCGCCGCCUUCAGCUAUUUUGGAGCGCUUCGAGAAGGCCGCCGUCAAUGCGGAGAAGGCCGCGUCCAUCAAAAAGCCGCAGGACCUGCCGUCCGCAUCCUUACAAAGGUUGCUGAACUUUACGCAAGUGGCGGACCUCGUGGCCGUCGCGGACCUCGGAGCUGUAGACACUUCGUCAAUAGCGAGCGCGCUCGUCAAGUACGACUGCACGAACACGAUCUGGACCUUCGCAUCAUCAAAUGGCGGGUGCCGCGCGCGGGACGGCUGGCGCGCGCGCGGGGCUUGUAGAUGCCGCGACGUGUCGAAGACGCUCGGCACCGUGUCGCAGCCUUUACUCCGGAUAGGCUCGACCUUCAAGGGCUUCGACACGGACCCCAUCCGCUCGACAGUAUGGGGUGCGCGCUUACAACGCGCGACGCUGACCUACACGGACCCGAUGCUACACGUGGCGCGCCAUGCUUCAUCAAAGUUUGCUCGGAACCGAAACUACGUCGCCCUCCAUUUGAGGGGCGGCGACGGCGAGUUUCGGCGACGGUUCCACCAGACCGUGCGCAACGCCUUCAAGGAGUUAAUUACGUCGUACCUCGCGCGGCGGAAGAAGGCGACGGCGCCCGAAGUAUUACCAGUUCCUUUAUAUGUUGCGUCGGACACGUCCUAUAGAACUUCCAGAGAAUUUAGAGAGGGCCUGGCGCGCCUAGCUGCUGUGGUAAGGAAGGAAGCCGGCGGCGCGAGCGGCGAGGCCAUUACCGUCUCUUAUUUAAGGAAAGUCGUCCCCGACGCGCAGAAGGCCGUCGUUGAGGCGUCAGACACGCCACAAAAUGGUCGGUUGUUGGCCCACGCGCCGGACCUCGACAUGCACCUCGAUCUGUUGAUCUGCGCCCACGCUCUCCUAGGGUUCGGGGGCACGGCCGGGUCAUCCGUCUCGUCCUCGAUAAGGACGCUGCGGAAGUACCACCUUUCUGAUGAGAGGGCUGUUGUGAACUCGCUAGCGGAUCACUAAUAGUAAGUUG